AUGAAAUGCUCAGUCUCAGAUUUUCCGUCUUGGACACUCUGCACUCCAGAUGAGGCCCAAGGUUACGCGAAGGCCACCGCAGAAGGGUUAUAUGCCCUUCUGCCGAAUGAAAUAUUCUGGAGAGAUCGUCAGGUCUACCUGGAAGAGCAUGGAUAUCAAUUAAGACCUCGUUAUAGGCCUGGCUGGUCUCCGUCGUGGCUGGAGAUGAAUGUCACUCCUUCCUUCUGCGAGGAUUCCAUAUCAUUGCUGUGGCGCGAUGUAAUUGAUGCGACUCGCAAAGCGGACGGCGAGCUUGUGUCUCUGAAGAGCGUGGAGAAAGACGGGAGCGAAGUUACUAUUGCUCGAUUCCUCUCCCGUCCAGAACUUCGUUUGGAUCCCACGAAUCAUUGCGUUCCUAUGGUAGACAUUCUUCCUGAUCCGAUUGACUCCAAAGCAGCCAUCUUGAUUAUGCUGUAUUUGCGACCCUUCAAUGAUCCUGGUUUUGGUGCCAUUGGGGAAGUGGUUGAAUUUAUGAGACAAACGCUCGAGGGCCUUUGCUUUCUACACGACCAAGGUGUUGCGCACCGUGAUUGUGCGGCUGCAAACAUUAUGAUGGAUGCUCGUUCAUUGUACCCUCAUGGCCAUCAUCCUAUUCGCAUUGCGGCAAGUCAGGAUGGCAUACACAUGUUGGCGCCGUUAUCUCGCUCAGACUGUUCCGUCCGAUACUAUUUCAUCGACUUCGGCAUCUCCUCAUUGAUCAAAAAAGGAGAGUCUCCAUACGUUCUUGGUAGGCAAGGGAGAGACAAGGAAUUGCCAGAACUUUCCUCAGAGAUUACAUAUGAUGCCUUUAAGGUAGAUAUAUUCACUUUGGGAAACCUCUACAAGAAAGAGUUUCUCCAGGCAUACCUUGAUCUGGAAUUUCUCGAGCCUCUUGUACAGAAGAUGACCGCUCACAGUCCAGAUCAACGCCCUACUGCAGCGGUCGCUUUCGCUGUGUUUGAGAGUAUUCGACACCGACAAAGUAGUUCUCUACUACGAUGGCGUCUUCGGAGAAGGGAUGAAACUGCCCCUGAGCGCGUGGUAUAUGAUACCAUGGCUGCUGCGCGGGAGGGAAUAUACCGCUUGAGGCAUUUCGUAAGGUAG